AUGGAAGAUGACUACAUCCAACAAGCGAGAGUCUCUCCGCACUGGACAGCCGAAGCCAACACCUUCUGGUAUCGUCAGAACUUGCCGUCCAGUCGGUUCGCCUUCAUUCACGUUGAUGCCCUAGCAAGAGCGCUUAAAGAGAAGACCAACCAGAAAGAUGGAGUAAUCGAUGCUUUCAAGCUGCCGUUCACAUUGAUCGACCUCGAAACCGAGUCAUCAUCCGUUCGGUUUUUCUACGAGGGAAAGAAAUGGCGGUUUGAUAAUACUGAAGAAACCCUCAGUGAGUGGGACGGCACGCUCAACCUGCCCACGACGCCAUUUAUUCCCAAAGAGCAUCCAUCUGUGCACUCGAACCACUCCGUCCGUAUCACAUUUGUCAAUAAUAGCAAGGCAGACUUGAAGAUAUAUUGGAUAGACUGGGAAGGCAACCCAGUGCUUUAUGGAGGGAUUGGCAGUGGGCUAAGCAGCACUCAAAGAACGUAUGCCGGCCAUGUAUGGAAAUUUGUCGAUGAGUCGGAGACUGUCAGAGCAAUCUACGCCACGCCUGAGGAAGUUGCCUCUUCUGUGGUUAUUGAUGAGAACACUAAGGAAGAUCUCAGCCCUCUGGGUUCAGAGGACAAAGAGAAAGAGGGAGAUGGCAAGGAAGAAACCUCAGACUCGUGCGAGAAGAGCUCAUCCCGUCUCUUCGUGCGGGAUUCCGACCUGUGGCACCAAAAUGACGACCAGAACGAGGUGCGCCUUUCCGACAAUGGCACCGAUAACAAUCGAUGCGAUGAUUCAAACAUCUGGAUGUCUCCAGACAAGAAGUUCUGCAUCGCCUGGCAAUUCGUCCCGGAGGAAGAGCAUAAAGUGCAUCUUCGCGACUCUGUUCCGAAAGAUCAACUUGAGCCAAAGGUGAAGAGCAUCCGUUACCUGAAGGUUGGGGAUCGCGUCAGAAUUGAUCGCCCUCGAUUGUUUAAUCUAGAAUCGAAGAAAGAGGUGGCUACGGAUGCCACUCUAUUUCAAACCCCUUACGAACUGCGGAACAUUGGCUGGAGUCGUAAUUCUUCGGAAUAUCGCUUCAUAUAUAAUGAGCGUGGUCAUCAACGUUUACGCGUGAUAGGGAUCAACACAGAUGGGGUCGUUAGAUCUCUAGUCGAAGAGACAAGCGACACAUUCAUCGAUUACUCCACGAAGCUCAAUCGACGUGUGAUCAAAGUUACCGACGAAUUCAUCUGGGCUAGCGAACGAGACGGUUUCAACCACUUGUAUCUCUUCGACCUUCAAGCAGGAAAGCUGAAGAAUCAGAUGACAACAGGGAAAUGGAAUGUCAAAGAAUUCGUUCAUUUUGACGAAGAGACGAGAGUGGUCUGGUUUUCAGCAUGCGGAGUAAUCCCGGGUCAAGAUCCGUACCAUACGCACUUGGCUCGCAUCAACUUCGAUGGCACCGGGUUCAAAGUGCUGACCGACGGAGAUGGUACACACAACUGGACUAUCUCUCCGGGGCACAAGUACUUUUUCGACACAUGGUCGCGAGUGGACUCGCCUCCACGCACCGCUCUGAGAAGUAUGGAAAACGGAGAGCUGGUCGUACAUCUCGAAGGCAGCGAAGAAGAUUCUCACUGUUUAAAAUCAGAAGGCUGGGUGGCCCCUGAGAGAUUCGAUUGCCCCGGAAGAGACGGUGAAGAGUCGAUCCACGGCAUCAUCGUUCGCCCGCCAGAUUUCGAACCCAAGAAAAAGUACCCUAUCCUAGAAUCCGUCUACGCUGGCCCGCAUGGAUUUCAUGUACCAAAGGAAUUCAGUUCUCUGCGUUCGCGCCGACAGUGGGCAGAGCUGGGGUAUGUUGUUGUUCAAAUCGAUGGCAUGGGAACGAAUUGGCGAUCAAAGAAAUUUCAAGACGUAAGUUGGAAGAAUCUCAAGGACGCUGGGUUCCCUGAUCGCAUAGCCUGGAUGAACGCCGCAGCGAAAACUCGGCCGUGGAUGGACAUAAACCGAGUUGGGAUUUUUGGGGGAUCAGCAGGCGGACAAAAUGCCGUGGGAGCGCUUCUAUUUCAUGGCGACUUCUACAAAGCAGCCGUUACCGAUUGUGGUUGUCACGAUAACAGAAUGGACAAGAUCUGGUGGAGCGAGCAGUGGAUGGGCUAUCCGGUCGACAAGGCAUAUGAAGAUUCAUCCAAUGUGGUCCAUGCUAGCAAGUUGACGGGAGCGCUGAUGCUGAUCGUUGCAGAGAUGGAUGACAACGUCGACCCCGCGUCUACUCUGCAAUUGGUUAAGGCUUUGAAUGAGGCAGACAAGGACUUUGAGUUUCUCUACAUGCCUGGGGCUUAUAAUUGUUCAGGCAGGACGAACCCAGUUUUUGACACGUUCAAGAUGAUGAUCGUUGAGAACUGUACGAUCAGUCUCGCCUUGAAUCAAGCUUUCAGCGCUACUACAGUAUUCAGCUUGGCAAUCAUGUAG